CCUCUUGACCCUCUUGACCCUCUUGACCCUCUUGACCCUCUCUCUACUCAAGUCCCGAAAAACUGUAAAAAUAGCCCCCGUACCGAGAAGCCCAGAUUUAUCAAUUCAACUCAACUCAAUUCAAUUCAAUUUAAAUUAAAUCUAAUUUCACGAUCAUCCAUCUUUCCACCCACACACACACCACACGCACUCUUCCUCCCCCCCAGCUAUUCGAUUCAAUCCGCCGACAAUACCAUUAGGGAAAUUAUUAUACAAUUAGUCACUCGCAUGAUCAACGAGCACUAAGAAAUACCGGCUACUAUGGCCUCAACCGAGAUGUCCGCAGAUGGUUCAGGUUCCUCGAACCAAUAUUCUGCUCCAGCGCCUCAAAUGAGUAGUCAAGCUCCUGCUGGUUCGAAUGCUGCACCUAGCUCGCAGCUCCCGGGACAUGCUUCAUUUAGAAGACAACGAGCUUCACGAGCUUGCCAAACAUGCCACGCUCGAAAGGUACGAUGUGAUGCUGCGAGUCUGGGGGUGCCUUGCACAAAUUGCGUCGCCUUCUCCAUAGAAUGCAAGAUCCCAACGCCGAAACGUAAGAAGACAAAUAGUAAAAACAAAGAUUCUGAUAGGUACAAAUUACCUCGGGUCUCUGAAGGGCUUGCAGCUGACGAGGGUAGCGACCGAGGAGAAACAAUUGACGAACGAUCACCUCAGAACAAUGACUCCCCAAGUACCCAAACUACCAGGACCUCAAUCGGUUAUAACACGCAAGAUGGAACGCCUGCGACUUCUCUCACUGAAGCUCAGGCUCGUCAGCGGGAUAGCGACGAGACUACCUACGCUCAAUUCAUGAAGCCUAAAUUCACCAGAGCGCCCAUAAAGGAGGCAGGAAGAGUAGCAUAUCUAGGAGAAUCGUCGAAUUUGACACUACUCGUACACGACCGACAUGGCAACGCAGAUGUUGUACAUUAUCCUUUGCCGGAGAAUAUUAGAGGAUCUAGGGCGAGGCUGACGGAAUUGGAUAAUGUGGAAAUUGAUAUCCUACAUCAACGGGGAGCAUUUUUACUCCCUCCUCGGUCUCUUUGUGAUGAACUGGUAGAUGCAUAUUUCAAAUGGGUUGCUCCAAUUGUGCCUGUAAUCAAUCGGAACAGAUUCAUGAGGCAAUAUCGCGAUGCGAAGAAUCCUCCUUCGCUUCUGUUACUGCAGGCUAUCCUCCUGGCUGGAUCCAGGGUCUGUACAAAUCCCCAAUUAAUGGAUGCUAAUGGAUCAACGACUCCCGCUGCCUUGACAUUUUACAAGCGUGCGAAAGCACUUUACGACGCGAACUAUGAAGAUGAUAGAGUUACAAUUGUACAAGCUUUGGUCUUGAUGGGAUGGUAUUGGGAAGGACCAGAAGAUGUAACGAAGAACGUAUUCUAUUGGAGCAGGGUUGCGACAAUUGUCGCACAAGGCUCAGGUAUGCAUAGGAGUGUUGAAGGUUCUGCGCUCAGCAAAGCCGACAAGAGGCUCUGGAAGCGAAUCUGGUGGACGCUGUUUACCCGUGACCGAUCGGUUGCCGUUGCUCUUGGCCGCCCUGUGCAUAUAAAUACCGAUGACUCCGAUGUGGAGAUGGUUAGUGAGGAUGAUUUUGUCGAAGAUGAAACCGAUCACCCCGCCGAAUUCAUCCAAGAUCCUGUGCAUGUCCAAUUUUUCCUUCAAUAUGUAAAGCUUUGCGAAAUUAUGGGAUUGGUUCUCUCACAGCAAUAUAGCGUAGCUUCAAAGGCUCGACGGCAAAAUGCGAUCGACCUCACCCACAGUGAUAUGGCAUUGGCAGAUUGGCUGUCUCAUUGUCCUAAGGAGGUAUAUUGGGAGAUGCCUCGACAUCAAUUUUGGGCAGCCUUGCUACAUUCCAAUUACUACACAACACUCUGCUUGUUACAUAGAGCGCACAUGCCACCGGCUACUACACAGAGAGGUAAUUAUGAGGAAAAUGUAUAUCCAUCUCGAACUAUCGCAUUUCAAGCUGCAGGAAUGAUUACGUCCAUCAUCGAGAACUUAUCGGCACAUGAAGAGCUACGAUACUGUCCAGCAUUCAUCGUGUACAGUUUAUUCUCUGCAUUGAUUAUGCAUGUUUAUCAGAUGCGAUCCUCAGUGCCAUCUAUCGUUGCAGCUACCCAAGAGCGAAUGAGAGUUUGUAUGAAUGGCUUGAAGGAUGUAUCAAGAGUUUGGCUCGUGGCCAAGAUGGUUUACACACUGUUUGAGUCCAUCUUGGGAAAUAAGGUUCUUGAAGAACGUCUUCAGAAAGCUGCUGGAAAACGACAUAAACGUAUGGUACAGAGUAUUAGCGAGGGCCUUAAUCAAGCUAAGAAUGAAUCGCAAAAGAGAAAAUAUGACGACAUGUCACUGGAUUUCGCUGUGGGCAGUGGACCCGCGCCACAAGAAUCGUACGAGAGGUCCAGACCUCAAACACCAAGUCAGGGUUAUAAUUCAUCAUCGAUGCCUGCACCACCACCUAUUACAUCACCAAAUCAGCGUCAAAAUCGAGAUACGUUUAUGGGAGGUUCUAAUUCUCGUCCUCACACACGUCCGCCCACACCUUUCAACCCCUCAUACUCCGUCCCGGCUACGCCUCCGGAUCUCUAUCUUGUUACUAGGAACUCUCCAAACAUAUCACAAUCUCUCUGGGAGAACUUCCAGCCAGAUCAGUUGUUCCCUGAAGGUGGUCCUAGUUUGAAUAACAUUCAAUUCUCCCCACCAAGUCAUCCCAACCUUGAUCCAAAUCUCAUGCCUCAUCUAGGCGCACCUCAGCCCCCAAUCCCAAACCAAAAUCAAUCAAAUCAAUUGCCUCAACGCAUGCAACGAGGCCAACCUGGAAUGAGUGGUAGUCCAAUUCAAGGUGGUGGAAUGCUUCCAGCUGGAGUUCCUCCUAAUUAUAAUAUGGGCCAAGGUAUGUGGCAGCAAGGUUUUGAGCAGCCAAUGCAUGAGCCUCAAGGCCAAAGUCCUAGUGAUACCUGGAGUAAUAGUUCUGCACAAGCUGUUCCUACAACUUUAAAUGUUGAAGAUUGGUUUCAAUUUUUUGGAAUUAAUGGGGAUUUAACUGGUAUGAAUGGCGAUGUCCCACUCGCUUGAUUCUUCUUGUAAGGAUUUGGAUCUGGAAGUGGAAAAGGAAACCGGCCGGUUGCUAUUUAUGAGCAAAGACUUGCUUGACGUGGUUCUUGAUGAGCUAUUUCCUCGAGUACUUAAAAAUUGGUCAUGGAGCGUGUAGGUGUAGCUCAUGCCGCUGUAUUAUAAGCCUUUUGGAACCCACCUAAUGAAUAGGAAAUGAAACUUAUCAAAGUAAAUGUCUUAAAAAUACAUUAUUUUGAUACUUGUAACACAAAAAAUCAAACAUUACUAGCGAAUAAUCGAAAUAUAA